AUGGCGAACUUCGCACGUCCUGUGGCUUCCUCUAUUUCGGGGAUUGACUUUUCCGUUUACAAUGACGAGGAUAUCAAAGCCACCUCGGUGAAGCGAAUCCAUAAUACUCCGACUUUGGAUUCCUUCAACAACCCUGUUCCUGGUGGUCUGUAUGACACGGCUAUGGGAGCAUGGGGUGACCAUGUCUGCACAACAUGUCGCAUGAGCUCAUGGUCUUGUACUGGCCAUCCUGGACACAUCGAACUACCGGUCCAUGUGUACAAUGUCACGCACUUUGAUCAGAUGUACCGUCUUCUUAGGGCGCAAUGUGUAUACUGCCACCGUCUUCAGAUGUCUCGGACACAAGUUAAUGCCUACACCUGCAAAUUGCGACUAUUGCAGUAUGGCCUGGUCGACGAGGUAGCUGUCUUGGAGUCAAUGGAGCUCAAGAAGGGAUCAAAGAAAUCGGCGAAGGAUGGAGACGACUCCGAUGACGAUGGAGACGAAGACGAAGAUGACCUCGUGAAGCGCAGGAAUGUGUUUGUCAAGAAAUCCAUUCGCGAGGCACAGGCGGCGGGUAAGCUGAAGGGCUUGAUGGCUGGAGCCAAAAACCCGAUUGCUGCGGAACAAAGGCGAGCUGUUGUCAGGGAUUUCUUCAAGGAUAUUGUCAGCAUCAAGAAGUGUGCCAAUUGCUCAGGAAUCUCGCCAGGCUAUCGAAGAGAUCGGUAUUCGAAGAUUUUCCGGAAAGCUUUGCCCGAAAAGGCUAAACUCGCUAUGCAACAGGCUGGGUACAAUGCGUCAAACUCCUUGAUCAUUCUUCAGGAAACCAGGAAAUUCAAUAGCAAAGAGAAGGAGGCGCUUGCAAACGACAACGCCAGUACUACAUCGGAAUCUCACGGAGCGGAGGAAGAAGUUGCUCGUGGCAAUGCCAUCCUGGCACAGGUGGACAACAAGAAGACUGGUGAUGGCGGUCAGUUCAUGCCCUCACCAGAAGUCCACGCUGCAAUUACCUUGCUGUUCAUUAAAGAAGAGGAGAUUCUGAACCUUGUCUAUACAUCCCGUCCGAUGUCAAAGAAAGAGUCUCGUAUUGAUGCAGGCAUGUUCUUCAUCAAAAACCUCUUGGUGCCACCGAACAAAUAUCGACCUGUUGCUGCCCAGGGGGCCGGUGCUGUUGUUGAAGCCCAGCAAAACACGGUGUUUACGCAGAUCUUAAAGAACUGUGACAUUAUCAAUCAAAUCAGCAAAGAACGACAGAAUGGAGGGUCCGACUCUGCCAUGCGUGUGCGCGACUACAGGGAUCUCCUACACGCCAUUGUACAGCUUCAGGAUACUGUGAACGGUCUGAUUGACCGUGAUAGGAGUGGAUUGUCCGGUCCCGCGGCGGCCAGCGCCCCCAAUGGCAUUAAGCAGAUUCUGGAAAAGAAGGAGGGUUUGUUCAGAAAGAACAUGAUGGGUAAACGUGUGAACUUCGCUGCUCGUAGUGUCAUUUCUCCUGACCCCAACAUCGAAACCAACGAAAUUGGUGUUCCGCUUGUGUUUGCAAAGAAACUGACGUAUCCGGAGCCUGUAACCAACCACAACUUCUGGGAAAUGAAGCAAGCUGUCAUCAACGGUCCAGACAAGUACCCAGGUGCCGCUGCGAUCGAGAACGAGUUUGGACAAGUCACUAAUCUUAAGUUCAAGAGUCUCGAUGAGCGGACAGCCUUGGCCAAUCAGCUGCUCGCACCAUCGAACUGGCGUAUGAAGGGGUCGCGCAACAAGAAGGUGUAUCGUCAUCUUACCACCGGAGAUGUUGUCUUGAUGAACCGUCAGCCUACACUUCACAAGCCGUCUAUCAUGGGUCAUAAGGCCCGUGUACUCGCCAAUGAACGUGUCAUUCGCAUGCACUACGCUAACUGUAAUACCUACAACGCUGAUUUCGAUGGAGACGAAAUGAACAUGCAUUUCCCCCAAAACGAGCUUGCCCGUGCUGAAGCCAUGAUGCUUGCAGACGCAGACCAUCAAUACCUUGUUGCAACUUCUGGUAAACCUUUGAGAGGUUUGAUUCAAGAUCACAUCUCGAUGUCUACGUGGUUCACCUGCCGUGAUAGUUUCUUCGACGAGGAGGACUACCAUGAGCUGCUCUACAGUUGUUUGAGACCUGAGAAUUCUCACACAAUCACAGAGCGUAUUCAGGUUGUCGCCCCGACAAUGAUCAAACCAAAGCCUCUCUGGACUGGAAAGCAGAUCAUUACAACUAUCCUCAAGAACAUCAUGCCUCCAAACAGAGCCGGUCUCAAUAUGAAGAGCAAGUCCUCGACACCAGGGGAUAGAUGGGGCGAAGGCAACGAAGAAGGAACUGUUCUAUUUAAGGAUGGAGAGUUGCUCUGUGGUAUUCUUGAUAAGAAGCAGAUCGGUCCUACAGCCGGUGGUCUCAUCGAUUCUAUUCACGAAAUCUAUGGACAUACCAUUGCUGGAAGGCUCAUCGGUAUUCUUGGCAGGCUUCUAACGAGAUUCCUGAACAUGCGUGCAUUUACCUGCGGUAUCGAUGAUCUUCGCUUAACUAAGGAGGGUGACCGUGUCCGUAAAGAAAAACUUAGCAAGGCCUCUGAGAUUGGUCGUCAGGUUGCACUGAAGUAUGUAACUCUUGACCAAACGAAGGCUGCUGAUGAGGACGCCGAAUUGCGACGCCGUCUGGAAGAUGUUCUCCGUGAUGAUGAGAAACAAAGUGGUCUUGAUAGCGUCUCCAACGCUCGCACGGCGAACCUGUCCACCGAGAUCACCAAAGCCUGUCUUCCAGGAGGUCUGGUCAAGCCUUUCCCGUGGAACCAAAUGCAGUCGAUGACAAUUUCCGGAGCCAAGGGUUCAAGUGUCAACGCCAACCUGAUUUCUUGUAACCUGGGUCAGCAAGUUUUGGAAGGUCGACGUGUGCCUGUAAUGAUCAGCGGUAAGACAUUGCCGUCGUUCAGAGCCUUCGAUACGAAUCCUAUGGCUGGUGGUUAUGUUUGUGGUCGUUUCUUGACCGGUAUCAAGCCUCAAGAAUAUUACUUCCACGCCAUGGCCGGUCGUGAAGGUCUUAUUGAUACUGCUGUUAAGACUUCUCGCUCGGGUUAUCUGCAACGUUGUUUGAUCAAGGGCAUGGAAGGCUUAAGGGCCGAGUACGACACUUCGGUCCGUGAAGCCACUGACGGUUCCAUCGUUCAAUUCCUGUACGGAGAAGACGGCCUGGAUAUCACGAAACAGGUUCACCUCAAAGACUUCGACUUCUUGGCAUCUAACUAUAAGUCCAUUAUCUCCCAAGUCAAUUCGAGCGAUUUCCACACCCUGGAGAAUGAGGAGGUAGGUGAAUGGCAUAAGGAUGCUAUGAAGAAGGUGCGCAAGACCGGAAAGGUGGAUGCUAUGGACCCUGUGUUGUCUCGUUACCACCCCGGAGGUAACCUGGGUAGUACAUCCGAGCGGUUUGCUCAAGCUGUCAAGAAGUACGAGGACGCCAAUCCGGACAAGCUCCUGAAGGACAAGAAGAAGAACAUUGAAGGUAUCCUCAGCAAGAAAUCAUUCGGUAACAUGAUGAAUAUGAAGUACCUGAAGUCGGUGGUUGAUCCUGGUGAAGCCGUUGGUAUUGUGGCCGGUCAGUCUAUCGGUGAACCAUCAACUCAAAUGACCUUGAACACUUUCCACUUGGCUGGUCACUCUGCGAAGAACGUGACGCUGGGUAUUCCCCGUCUACGUGAAAUCGUGAUGACGGCUAGUGCUCACAUUAUGACUCCUACGAUGACAUUGAUUUUGAACGAAGAGCUGUCCAAAGAGCACUCCGAGAGGUUCGCCAAGGCUAUUAGCAAGCUCAGCAUUGCAGAGGUUGUCGAUAAGGUUGAAAUCAGGGAGAGAAUCACGUCUGGUAGCACAAAGGCUAAGGUCUAUGAUAUCGAAGUCUCAUUCUUCCCCCCUGAGGAAUACACUGCAGAGUAUGCAAUCAAGACAAAAGAUGUGCAGAUUGCUCUACAGAACAAGUUCAUCCCCAAGCUCGUGAAGCUUACCAGAGCCGAACUCAAGAGACGAGAGGAUGAAAAGAAACUGUCGAGCUACUCAACUGCCCAGCCGGAGAUUGGUGUCUCUGUUGGCACCGUUCAAGAAGCUCCUCGGGGUGCUGACGACGACGACGCGCCCGCUGACGACGAUGACGAGGAGGAUCACGACGAUGCUAAACGCGCCAGUGGUUCUAAGAAUCGCUCAAACCAAGUAUCCUACGAAGGUCCUGAGGGUGAAGAGGAGAAAAUGGUUCAGGAUCAAGAUGCUGACGACGAUGACGAUAUUGAGGAUAGUGGCGAGAAACAGACGAGGGAUGUUGAUAUGGAUGAUGCCUCUGAUGACGACUCGGAUGAUGAAGUCAAAGACACCAAGUUGCGUGAGGAGGAUAUCAAGGGUAAAUUCGGCGAGAUUACCCAAUUCAAGUUCAACCCGAGCCAGGGCUCCUCGUGCACUAUUCAGCUGCAAUAUGACAUUUCUACUCCCAAACUUCUCGUCCUCCCUCUGGUUGAGGCGGCCGCUCGCAGUGCUGUCAUCCAGUCUAUCCCUGGUCUUGGCAACUGUACAUUCGUGGAGGCAGACCCUAUCAAGGGCGAACCUGCCCAUGUCAUCACGGACGGUGUCAACCUCCUCGCCAUGCGAGAUUACCAGGACAUCAUCCAGCCCCAUUCCCUCUAUACGAACUCCAUUCACCAUAUGCUUAACCUGUAUGGUGUUGAGGCUGCUCGCGCAUCCAUCGUUCGUGAAAUGACGGAAGUUUUCGAGGGUCACAGUAUCUCCGUGGAUAACCGUCAUCUGAACCUGAUUGGUGAUGUGAUGACCCAGUCUGGUGGCUUCCGUCCCUUCAACCGCAACGGUCUUGUUAAGGAUGGCUCCUCUCCUCUUGCCAAGAUGAGUUUCGAAACGACCGUUGGAUUCCUCCGGGACGCUGUCCAGGAGAGAGACUAUGAUAACCUCAAGUCCCCGAGUAGUAGAAUUGUUGUUGGCCGUGUUGGAACAGUUGGUACCGGUGCUUUUGAUGUCCUUGCCCCAGUGGCAUAA